AUGAUAUGCGACUUUCUGAUCACAGGCAUGCCUUCUUCAGCAGGUGAAUACUCCGUAAAGUGUUCUAUAGCUACAUUUAUUUAGCCAAAUUAUCAUCCAAAACAUGUGCAUGCAGAUAUUGGGUCUCCUGACUCCUUAUCGAAAUAAUAAAACCGGCAAGCUGGUUGUUUGCUUAUAGGCAAUGUCAACUAAAGUUUCUAGCUAGCUAGUUUGAACCUCAUUUCUUAAAGUAUCCCUGACUUCACUUGACUGUUUUUUGUUGUUGUUCAACACAGACAUGAGACAGCACAUCUGACAGUGUACAGUAGUAGUAUAUUGUUACUAACUAUGAGCUCCCUCCUGAUAUUAAAAACAAGAAUAUGUCUGAAAUACGUUAGCCCACUCUUUAAUCUAAGCACUGCUGGCUUUACUCCUGAAUAAUGUGAUUAGCAAGCUAUCAGUUAGAACCAGACUUUUAUGCACUAAAGGAGUGAGUAGACAUGCAGCUAACAACAGGAAAGAGGACAGACAGAGGGAAUUCAAUAUCAGAGAGAGGCCCCCUUUCCCCAAGUCAGUGUUUGCUGCUGGGACAGCCAAGAGAACUGCUGAAUACCAAAAGAAGAGGGUGGAGGAGGAACCAGACUUCCCCAGAAAGAACAAGAGAGUGGAACCCCCAGAACACCCUCUCACUGCCUCAGAAUGGAAGAGCCUCAAACUGACUUCACCGAACCCUGAUCGCUUUGACGUCCGGAUGAUGUCAUCAAUGCUGGCCGAUGGCACAGACAUCAACGUGGCCAAGUCCCUGCUGGCCUAUGUUGCCAUGGAUACCGGGACGCUGUCUUAUGAGCUGCUUCUGCGGUAUCUCACCCUGUGUGUCGGCGGCAGCCACCACUCUGAGGUGUUUGACAUGUAUGACAUCAUGAGGAGCCGGUUCAGGACAUUAGACACCGGAGCCUCCAGCCUGUUCAUAAAGGGCUUCAGCAGGACAGAACGCUGGAAGGAGGCGCUGACCAUCCUGGAGAACAUCAAGAGGGCCAUCACGCCGUCACCGCGUAACUACGGCGAUACCAUCGCUGGGGCGGUGCUGCAUGGUGACGGUGCCACUGCCUGGGCCCUGUAUGCUGAGCUGAUGGAGAAGGGCCUCAUUCCCAACCAGGAGACAUGGCAGGCCCUGUUCCAGUGUGGCCUCUCUCAUCAGGGCCACGAGGACGGGCUGCAGUCCAUCCUGCUCCAUAUGAGGGACAACCAGAUCUAUCCCGAGGAGACUCUUGUUAAAGAUAUCAAAGCUUGGUUUGAGAGGUAAGUCCUGAAUAUAGGUUACUAAAUAGGCCUACAAUCACACAAUGUUAUUGGGACAAAGCAUGGGCUGUGCCUAUUUUAGUUUGAUUAUGAUAUCUUCCUCUCUCCUGCCAGUCUUCCAGAACAGAAGUGGAUUGGAAGCUGGUCCACCGUACACCCCAGGUAAAGACAUAAACAUUAUUUUCAUCUUCUUCAUUAAACCAUUAGACCUAAUGAAUUCAGAGUUUGAAUCAGCACUUCAUAUGCUACUUCUUCUAUACUUCUUCUACUUUUAUAUGAAAUCUAGAUGGCUGGAAAAUUGAAAUUAUUUAUUAACCUCUAACUUUUGCCUUUUUAUCCAGGGGAGUGUGUCGAAGCUGCCAGGCAGAGCUGGAGUCCAUCCAGCUGAGUCAGGAGGAGUAUGCCCAGCUCAAAGACAGGGUGAUGGGGGACGUGAUCCAAGGCAGAGACGUCUUCAAUAAGACCACUCCAGAGGUUUGGGAACCUGUUUUUCUGUUUGUCUCCCUCUUGUCCUCCGCAUUGAUAGUGUCC